UCGCAAAACCGUUUAACCCGCCAAAAUGAAAGAGCAACAAACUCUAACCAAACUCUCUGCUCGCGCCACCGAGAACCGUACCGGAAGAUCCAAAGAUUUUCCGUCGAAGAAAUCCGAAAAGGCACAAAUUCAUCAAUUCCUAACUUCGUCGAAUCUUCAGAUCACUGAUUCAUCUUCAUCGGUUUCUGAAGAAUCUGUGAAUUCUGAAGAAUCUGUGAAUUUUUCGCCGUUUUCUGAGAUCACGAAAGAAAAUCUCACUGAAGAUGCUACGGCUUUCUUGUUAGAAGAACCUGCCUCUGUAACUUUGCUUCAGCCUGAAAAGAUCAUUUGUAUAACCGAUGCGUGUGAGUAUGAAAUGAUCAAGUUCACCAGUGGCAGUGUGGAGGAUACUAUGAAUUUUCUACAACAAUUUAAAGCUGAUUUGAUCGUCACUUCGGACAAUGCUGAUCUGCAGUAUAAGAAGCUUAGGGAUGAGAUAAUUGAGUAUGUUUUACAGGAACUCAAUCACAAUGUGCAGCCUGAGUAUGUUUCGCGGAAAAAACCUUUUCUGUUUCUCUGUGUCAUCGUUUGGUUUAUUGUAGUGUUAGCUGUGCUUUUCUUCACUCCUGAUGUUGAUUGUGGACUAGUUCCAACUUGAACCAUUCCACUGAAGCUGAUUUGGUAUUCUUCCAUUUGCAAAUGAUACAACAUUGGUUCACAGACUUGAGGUCAAUUGAAUUGUUCUCAAUUUGUAUUAGUGUUUUUAUGGAAGGUUCAAAUGUAUGGGUAUCAAAUGUAUAGGUAUCAAAUGUAUAGGUUCUAUAGGCCUGAAACACAAUUCACCUCGCCCUGUAAAUGAUCAUUUUAAUUUCCUACCUAAAUGACUGGAUUUUGACACUAGAGGUGUUCUUCUAUUAGGGGACAGUGUCACUAAAUCUUAAGAAGAUAUAAACACACAAACCAAAACAUUUU